AUGGGAUGUUGCACUGGUGCUGCAAUGGCGCAAUGUUGCUGUAAACCUCAAAUGUGCCUACCAAAAAUUCAACUACCACGGCCACCAACGAUGUGCUGUUGCUGUUGUUGUCCUAUGGGUGCACCACAAAUUCCCUCAGGAAGUUGUUCAUCGAUGAGUUGCGGUGGGAGUUCAUACCCAGGCGGAUAUGCGAUGCCACCGAGUGGUGGUAGCGGUUAUGCAUUGCCGAGCAGUGGUGGCUAUUCGCUUCCGAUGGGGGGAGGAGGUUAUCCCACUGGUGGUAUGAUCCCUAGUGGUGGCGGUUAUCCCACUGGUGGUAUUAUUUCGAGUGGCGGCGGUUACAUGGGAUAA